GUUCAAAUCAAACCGUGUGCCAGUCUUAGCGAGAUGGUCAAUGAGUGAACAACAGUUUUAGUGAUUGUUUCCACAGCAAAAGAAUAUCGGAGCCCAAAUCCAGUGAUAAAGCAAUAAGAUUUAUAAUAAAAAAGUGUAUUUCUUACAUAAAAGGCCCCAAAGUGUGUUUCUGUGAAAUAAAUGUUUAUAAUUUGAAAAGGGGAAAAAGUGGAAGUUUUUUUUUCUUUCAUCUUAUAAAGAAUAAAACAAACAAAACAAACAAUUUUUUAAUCAGCAUUUUUGUACAAAGUUAAGCACAGAUAUUUUAGUUAAUGCUCAUAAAAGCAACCAGUGUAGCCAGUUCAUAGACAACUUUGCACCGCCUCGAAAUCUUAGUUUGGUGUAACAUCGAGGAAAAAGACUUGUACGAUUUUUUAACCAACGCAAUCUACACAUACAAAAUCUAUUCAACGUCAACGACACGCCUCAUACGAAGUCUUAAACUGGAAUUAUAUCGAUUUUCGUAAUCGAUAAUAAAAGCCAACGAACAACAACAACAACAACAGCAUAAAUCACACACGGAUUUGGUUGUGCAUUCGCCAACGAAGACUGAACAACCAGAGUGAAAAAGAAGCACCAUGAAAAUCAUAUUAGUCGGACUAUUAUUAUUGAUACAUAUGAUCGGUGUUCUACAUUCGACGUGUGUAUUUGAGUCUGAGUUCGGUUUCAUAUUGAAUUGCAACUUUAGAAAAUCGUCUUUGUUCCGUGUUAGAAAUCUUGGAGGUGUUAAAGCACAUUUUGGUUUAGGUUUUAGUGUCGGUGAUGACCUCGGAUUGGCCGAAUCGCUGAACAAUCUGGAAGGUGAUAAACGACGAUCGAUCAGUCAUGCGGACGCUCUGAUUGCAACCAAUAGCGUUGGUACGCUGCCAGCUUCGAAAUUGCCUCAGCCACCAGCUGAAGAGAAACAAAGAGCCGUUCAGUCAUUUCCAUAUCCAUAUCCUAAAAAGACAAUGGCUAUAAUGCCAACAACAACUCGUGCACCAAUUUUCUACAAACGAAAUACACCGCAAGCAUUGAUGACCGAAGCACAAUCAUUACCGCUUGGGGUGCCCGCUUUUAGGCCAUUGCAAUCAUCAGCCACAACCAAUAUACAAUCGAUGUUGAAAAAAACGAGCGAAACAUCAGCCACACGCAAGUCAGCAUUACAUCAAUAUCCAGUGCCAAAUUUAAUGGCCGCCAAUUUAACAUUCAUUCAAUCGCAAAUUGCCCAAGCAAAUGGUGGUUCGAUUAAAACGAAUCCAAUGGUCAUAUCACCGCAAGCGAAUGCAUUCAAAGUUCCUGUGCCCGCAUUCCAAGCACUUCCAUCAUCCGUGUCGCGCAUUACAACCGGACAAAUUGUGCAUGCGGACAAUGAAAUUCGAAAAGCAACGCCGGCCGUCGAACAAUACUCCACUGUUCAACGAAUUGAUACAAUCAAUAGAAAGGAUGAUUUCGAUGUUUCAAACCACAAAGCAACAAGCACUCAGCAGCCUCUACCCGAAAUUGAUUUAAAAGGUCAUACUGUUGAAGAAUUGGCUGCAGUGGCAAAUGUUAGUGUUUCGGCCAUUAAAAAAGCCAUCGAAUUACGUCAAAAACAAUUGAUGGCCGUACGAGAUGAAAUGGUACGUAACAAAACGCUCGAAGAGGAACUGAAACGAGAUGAAUUGAUCGCCAAACAAUUGGCCAUGUAUCAACAAGAACAUCAAAAAUUCCUGGCGACCAGCACCAUUGAAGCACCAACAACCGCAUCAACGACCACAACAACGACAACCGUCCGAACAACGACCGCAAAAAAAACAACACGCACUCCAAUUCCACAGAAACUAACCGGAAAAGUGGCAACCAUUAUUCAAAGCAAGGUGAUGAACGCACCAAAAGAGUAUUAUCCGGUUGGAUAUGACAAGAAUUUCGACGACAAUUUCGCGACAAAGGUUGAUUUACCACCCACCGCAUUCCAUUGCGGUGAUCAAAAACAUUUUCCCGGACUUUAUGCUGACGUCGAUUUGGGAUGCAUGGUGUUCCAUGUGUGUGCGCUAACUGACGACGGACUUAUUAUGAAAUCGUUUUUGUGUCCCGAAAGUACGCUGUUCGAUCAAACGGUUUUAAAAUGCAAUUGGUGGUUCUAUGUGGAUUGUAAAUCGAGCAAAUCGUUGUACGAUUCCAAUUUGCCCGUUUCAAAGAGUUAUCAAUUGAUGAAAGCGCUUACCUUUUUCUCGAACUUUAAAAAUAAAUCGAAUGAAACCGAGCCAGCCGUUGAUAUUGGUGCGCUACAAAAUUCGGUGCUGACCAAACGAAAUGCCAAGAAAUUAGAACCGAAAAACAGAUCAAAUUCGCAAAAAACGACGGUUAAAACGUCACAAUCAACAACUACAAGUACAACGACAACAACAAGUACAACGACCCGCAAACCAAAAUCGGAUCCAAAAAAAUCCGAACCAAAAAAAGAUGAAAAACCGAACAAAUCCUAAACAUUAUUUUCUGAUUAUUUCACGAAAUAGUCGUGUUGAGUUAAUUGGGCACUGUGUGAUGUAGAGAACCAUUUAAAUUGUUAUUUUCUCACUUUUGAGUUACGUUUUUUGUUUGUCAACACAACCAUUAUCAUUUUGGUACAAAUCAUAGAUUUGUAUGCGAUUGCCUCCACUCAAUUCACUCAAGUCGCGUGAAAAUUUAUGAUAUAAUUUUCGUGGGUUCCUGUGUGGUGAGAGACAGUUAAAAUGCAGACACAAUUUAUUUAUAAUUUAAUAAUAAUAAUGCUUAUAGGUUUAGUUUUUGGUCGAAUGAAAUUAAUCAUAGUUUCACACUCUCUCUCACACACGCGCGCACACACACACACACACAUGUAAAUAGGCGAUGAAAUGAAUUUUUAGACAUCCAUCAAACUUAGACUUUCCAUUUUUUUAAUCCACAUUUAUCGAAGAAACAACACAAAAAAAAUGAAUGACCAAUCAAUAAUUUAAAACAAAAAUGCAUGACUUCUUCGUAUUUAUUGUUUAGUAGUUUAAAAAAAGUAUGCGUUGCGUCUUUGAGUCAUUUACAAAUUUAAGCUAUAUUUAGGUUUUUAGAUCGAAGCACACACAUACAAUCCAAUCAUAAAAACAAUUCUUAGUCGAUUACUUCAAUUCAUAUUGUUA